CUAUCCAACAACGAAUUGCGUCAACAAGGGCAAUAAUAAUAACCACAACGAAGCUACAAGAGCAACAAAAGGGGAAAAAAAAAAAGGCCUCCAGGAGUGGUGGAUUCAUGGUGCAGGCACUGAGCCCAGCAAUAACCCUGGAGGAGGAAAAAUAAAUAAAUAAAUAAAUAAAAUAAAAUAAAACACUGGCCUUGCAGACGCCUUCACCUAUUUGCCGCUAGCGUCCUCCAGCCAUGGUCAACCCCACCAUGUUCUUCGACAUCACCGUCGACAGCGAGCCCCUGGGCCGCGUCUCCUUCAAGCUGUUUGCAGACAAAGUUCCGAAGACCGCAGGAAACUUUCGCACUCUGAGCACUGGAGAGAAAGGGUUUGGUUAUAAGGGUUCCUGCUUUCACAGAGUUAUCCCUGGCUUUAUGUGCCAGGGUGGUGACUUCACAUGCCAUAAUGGCACCAGAGGCAAGUCGAUCUUUGGGGAGAAAUUUGAGGAUAAGAAUUUCAUCCUGAAGCAUACAGGCCCAGGCAUCUUGUCAACGGCAAAUGCUGGACCCAACACAAACGGUUCCCAGUUCUUCAUCUGCACUGGUAAGACCGAGUGGUUGGAUGGCAAGCCUGUGGUCUUCGGCAGAGUGAAGGAGGGCAUGAACGUUGUGCAGGCCAUGGGGGGUUUGGGCUCCAAGAAUGGCAAGACCAGCAAGAAGAUCACCAUUGCUGACUGCGGACAAAUCUAAUAAAUUUGGGUUGUUUUAUUAUAA